AUGUCCAAAUACCUGGGACGGAGAGCAACCCUCCUGGGCUGGUUCGACGAAGCCCAAUCCGACCCCCAAGCUCCAAACCCGGCCUGGUCCUCCACUUGCAUAGCCAUCAAGCUUCCAGACAACAGCUACACAUUCUCACCGACAAGCGUAUCCCCCGCGCUGACCGACGCGGUGCACCGCCUCAAUGAAAACGCCGUCGUCUCCAUCUCCUCGCGCAUCACAGCCUCGGUGCUCGACUCCCUAGCCCCCGAACAGAAAAGUUUUGUCGUGGAAUACACAGGCACCCGCAUCCCGAUCCUCGCCUCCCUCGACGAGGUCCAGUCCGGGAUCUCGCACUUUUCGCGCGCAUGCAUCGUCCGCAGGGAGCGCGUCCUCCUCGUCUGGUGCCAUGAGCCCUCUACGAUCCUCGACGUCGCCUUUGACGUCGAGAUGCAGUUAUCCGGCAAGGAAAGCAAGUUGUCAAACCUCACAACGCCGCGCAUCUCGGGGCACUCGACGCCCCUAAGUGCGGGCGCCGGCUCGGUGAUCCUGGGCCGGUCGACGCCCGAUAGCAAGACUGCUUCUGCAUCGCCAUUCGCUGCGGGAUUGGUCCGCGGGGCGCUCGAUGAGAAGCAUGAUUUGUAUAGUCGCGCUGUGGCGCUGGAGGAGCGCGGCGAUGAAGACGAGGAGCCCGAUUUGGAGAAGGCACUUGCUCCUAGGCCGCUUGUGCGUGUUCAUGCGGUGAAGAUUACCUUUGCGAUUAUGCUUGUUAUCAUUACGCAGGCGCUUGGGGUUGCUAGAUUGCUUCGCGAGUACAGCUGGGAUGGAAACUAUAUUCGAUUUGCCUUGGUCGUGACAAUUCCUCCUCUCGCCUUAUUCUCGUUGUUCUUCUUCAUUGUCCUCGUCACCAGCGCCUUCCAACUCUUCCUACCAGCGAGCUUCGUCCUCAAGAACUCCAAGUUCCACUCAGCCGUCAAACCAAACCCCAAAGCUCAUCGCGACUAUGAGCUUCCUCACAUUACCAUCCAAAUGCCGGUCUAUAAAGAGGGUCUUAAGGGCGUGAUCGUCCCAACCAUGAUAAGCGUCCUCGCCGCAGUGCAAUACUACGAAGAACAAGGCGGCACCGCCUCGGUCUUCGUCAACGACGACGGCAUGCAACUCAUCCAGCCCGAGCUCGCCGAAGCCCGUAAGCAAUACUACCGCGAGAACGGAAUCGGGUACACGGCGCGUCCGCCGAAUAAAAAGGGCUCUGUAAACAAAAGCGGGGGAUGGUCGCCGCUGGGCUGGUUGUUCCGAACUAAUAAGAAGGGCCCUUCUGAGGAAACCAGUGAAGUCAAGAAAUCCGAUGACAUUUCCGCGCCGCAGGCACUCGCCAACGCCAUCGGGUUCGAGCGCAAGGGCAAGUUCAAGAAGGCGAGUAACAUGAACUACGGGCUGGCGUUUUCCCUGCGGGUUGAAGAUGAGAUGGCGCGGUUGAUGGAGGUCGAGGCUGCCCAGCGGGGGUGCACGGUGGACGAUCUGUCGGUCGAGGAUGAUGAUCGGUUGUAUCAGCUCGCGCUGGAGAACUGCUUGGCUGCGGAUGAGGGCAAGACUUGGGCCGAGGGAAACAUUCGCGUCGGCGAACUUAUCCUCCUCAUUGACUGCGAUACACGUGUCCCCGUGGACUGCCUGUUGUAUGGCGCUUUGGAAAUGCACGAGAGUCCCGAAGUCGCUAUUCUCCAGCAUGGAUCUGGUGUCAUGCAGGUUGUCCACAAUACAUUUGAAAACGGCAUCACGUAUUUCACAAACGUCGUCUACACAGCCAUCAAAUACGGCGUCGGCUCCGGAGACGUCUCCCCCUUUGUCGGGCACAACGCCUUCCUCCGCUGGAAAGCAUUGCAGAGUAUCCAAUUCGAGGACCCUUCGGAUGGCCAGACAAAAUGGUGGUCCGACAGCCACGUCUCGGAGGACUUUGACGUCAGUCUCCGGGUGCAGAUGCAGGGGAUGACGGUGCGGCUGGCCACGUACCACGGCGGCGAUUUCAAGGAAGGUGUUUCGCUGACGCUGUACGAUGAGUUGACGAGGUGGGAGAAGUAUGCGUAUGGGUGCAAUGAGCUCGUUUUUCAUCCAUUCUACCAAUGGAUCUACCGUGGUCCAGUCACAAGACUCUUUCUCCGGUUCCUGUGGAGCAACAUGCCCAUUACCAGCAAAGUGACAAUCAUCGCUUACAUAUUCACCUACUACGCAAUCGGCGCAGGCAUGCUCCUCGCAACAGUAAAUUACGUCCUGGUCGGCCUCUUCAACUCGUCCAUCGACCACAUCUACACACCAAGCUGGGGCAUUUGGUGCGCUCUCGUCGUGGUCUUCAACGGCUUCGCCUCGGUCGCAUUCAGCAUGGCGCGCCACCAGCUUAAGGAAGAGACCUUCUGGCGCUCCCUCCUGCAAGCCUGCAAGUGGCUUCCCUUCCUGGUCAUCUACUUUGGCGGCAUCAGCUUGAAUUGCGGCAAGGCACUCCUCUGCCACGCGUUGAGUAUCAAUCUCGAGUGGGCGUCGACGGCCAAGGAGAUGGGGCCCACGGGAUUCUAUAUUGGGAUGGAUAAGAUGGUGCGCAAGUUUAAGUGGACGUGGGUGAUUUGUGCGGUUAUUGCGGGGGUGAUGCUGUUCUUCGCCUUUGGGGCCCCAUGGGGGUGGAGGAUUAAACCUGGCGAGUAUACGACGGCAACCGUUGCCAUUGUCCCCUUGGCUAUUCAGAUUUGCUCGGCGACUUUCCUCCCCUUCUUCCUGGGAUUAAACUAG